GGUAAUUUGAAAUCUAUAUUUGACCUUGACCCGUAAUCAAAAUGCGUCGGAGACUUCUAUCUGAGUCCCAAGUUGAUAAGGAAUACUUUAACUCCCUGAUUGAACAACAAAAAGUUGAUGACAUCACGAUUGGUGUUUUCUAUCGAUCUCGUACAUUGUCCGUACUAGUUAUCAUCUGGUUGUGUUUGGCUUACUUCGCUUUUUCAAGGUCCCCUACACAACCACUGCAGUAUAAUUUAUAUCAUGCAUUUAUGGCUGUAUGUGUUAUAUUUUUAUUGAUAUCGGUGAUGAUAAUGCCUAAUGGCCCAUUUAUUCGACCACAUCCAGCCCUAUGGAGGAUGGUUUUUGGUGCUAGUUUACUAUAUUUUUUAUGUUUAGUCGCAGUCGUGUUUCUUCGUCUAGAUGAAGCUCGCGCCAUUUUGAUUUGGGUAUAUCCUGAACUGAAACAUAUGCGUCACUCUGAUAUUCUUGAUAAAGAGUAUGCCGUUAAUUGUAGUCAGAUAUCACUUGCUCGAGUUUAUUCUCAUAUGGAUAUCUUUGCAUUGGCACAUUUUCUUGGUUGGCUUAUUAAAGCAACUCUAUUAAGACAUCAUAUUAUUGCGUGGACUUUGUCGAUCAAUUGGGAAAUAACCGAAGUAGCUUUUUCACAUAUUCUACCAAAUUUCAAUGAAUGUUGGUGGGAUAGUCUCAUCUUAGAUAUAUUAGUCUGUAAUGGUUUAGGUAUACAAUGUGGUAUGUGGUUAUGUCGUUGGUUAGAAAUGCGUGAUUAUCAAUGGGAUUCCAUUCGUAAUAUACCAAGUGCACGUGGUAAAUUAAAACGUGCAUUUUUACAGUUCACACCACGCAGUUGGACACAUACACGUUGGUUACAUCCAGAUUCAUCGAUACUACGAAGUUUUUUACUUAGUCAAUUAAUACUAGUCUGGCAAUUGGCUGAAUUGAAUUCAUUCUUUUUAAAGCAUAUAUUUAUUGUUAAACCAAGUCAUAUUUUAACACAAUUACGUCUACUUUUAAUUACAUGUAUAUCGGCACCAGCUAUAAGACAAUACUACUUAUACGUCAUUGAUCCACAUAUCAAACGUGUUGGAUCUCAACUAUGGCUUUUUAUUGCAAUAAUUCUUACUGAGUUAUUAGUUUGCUUAAAAUUGGGUAGUGAAAUAUUUGAAAAUACGGUCUUCUGGAAUCUCAUUUACUGGGGUAUAUGGAUGGUAUUCAGUUCCUUUUUAACUGUAUGGAUUGGUCGAUAUUUGGCGAAUGGUCAUUCGUCUAAACGGUUGCCAUCGUUGUCACCAGAUAGUCAAGAGAAUAUCAAUCAAUCAUCGUGUAUGAAUUCGAAGGAGAAUUCUAAAGAAUGCGGCCCUUGCUUUGCCAAUCCUCGCCUUUACGUCUGCAUCUGAACCUCCUUGUCCAUCGACGAUGCUUCCCAGAAUAAUAAUAAUAACUUAGAUAAUAAAUCACGUCAAGUGACCAUAUCAGAUGAUGUCAUCACAUUUGAUAGAUUAUCACAAACAAGUACAACCCAUUUAUCAUCGUUUUCGCCAUCGAUAUCAUCAUCAUCAAUGACCAAUAUUUCUAAUCAUGUUAAAAUCGAAUGAUACUACUUACUAAUUAUACAUUAGUAGUAUUAAUACUAAUGGGUAAUCGAUAAUCAGUCGGUGGUACGCAUGCUGAGAGGAGGGGGCGGUUGGUUGUAACCAAGAUCAAUUCACUAUUUUAUUUUCUUGAAUUUUUUUUCGUGAAAUUUAGUCCGUAGUGAUUGUAUUAUUAUUGUUAUUAUCAAAUGAAAUAUUAAGAACACUGUCAGUAACGAUCAGUCAUUGUACUGUAUAUGUGUAUGUAUUUGCAUUCUUAUUUCGCUUCUUUCCACUCUAUUUACUCAAUUUCAUUUGCUAUCUUAUAUUUAAUCGUCCAAAUAUCGCUUGAUAGUGGAAUAGUUAUAUAAAGUGUUCAACGUUUUACUAGUAGAUCAGAGGUUCGAACCAUACCCUGCUCUCUUUGGGGAGUGAUUCGAAUAGCUCCAAGUAAAAAGUAACACUAAACCACACACACACAAGUACACAUUUAAUUAAUAGCUGAAAGUCGGGCAAUCGAAUGAAUCUUGUCAUAUUUACCGAAAUUUCAUCAGUUUCGCUUUCCCAAUCAUCAGUUAGUGGCGAACACCAUGCUUAUCUUCAGUACUACUUUAGUCUUUGCAACAACCUGAAUAUAUUUCUAUGUAUUUUUAUACACAUCAAUUAUACAACUGUCCAUUUUGAAAAAAAAACAACUGGUCUGCAUAAUUUUAAAUAGAGACAUAAUCAGAAUGUUCAGUUACCUUUCGUCCUUCUCCUUCUCCCCCUCCUCUUCCUCUUUUUUUCGCCCUUCUCCCCGUCCUCCUCAUCGUUUCCUCAGUUAUUCCGACUUUUCUCUCUUUGUCAAAUGUAUAAUUCCAUUUUAUUGUUUGUUUAUUUUUAAAGAUCUUUUUUAUUCUUUUUAAAGAAAUUUUAUUCCUCAUCGAAAAAAAAAACUUCUGAUAUACUCUUGUAUAGUUUAAUAUGUUUCUUAACAAUACCAACAACAAUUAUGUCCUAUGGCUUCAAUAGCAAACAGGAGUUGAUUCAUUUGUACAAAAUUUAACUGAUCAGGUGAUAUAUUACUAAAUAAAGUAAUUGACAACCUUAACG